UAAGGAAUCUUAAGAAAACGUAUGUAUUGAUUGGUCCAAGGGCAGAAAAAAGAGAUUUGCGAUGGGUGCUAGGUCUAGAGGCCUCCUGGGUUCCCGGCAUCUCCUGUUCUCUAUUCUGGUACACACAGCCUGGGAAGUGGGGAGCGGCCAAGUCCAUUACUCUGUGCUGGAGGAAGCAAAACAUGGUACGUUCGUGGGGCGAAUCGCUCAGGACCUGGGUCUGGAGGUUGAGGAGCUGGUGUCGCGGUUGUUCCGGAUGGUAUCCAAGGGCCGCAGGGAUUAUUUGGAAGUAAAUGUGCAGAAUGGCAUUUUAUUUGUGAAUUCACGAAUCGAUCGUGAGGAGCUCUGCAGCCGCAGUCCUGUUUGUAGCAUUCAUCUGGAGGUGAUCGUGGACAAACCGCUGCAGGUUUUCCAUGUAGAGGUGGAAAUCAAGGACAUUAAUGACAACCCGCCGGUGUUUUCUCUAAGACAAAAGAAUCUGUUUAUUUCUGAAUCCAGCCCACUAGACUCUAGGUUUUCACUAGAGGGCGCAUUGGAUGCGGAUAUUGGAGAGAAUGCUUUGUUGACCUAUAACCUCAAUCCUAAUGAAUAUUUCACUUUGGACGUAAAGAAAAAGGAAGAACAAAUGAAUUCCCUUAAGCUUGUUUUGAAGAAAGUUUUAGAUAGAGAAGAAAUCGCUGAACAUCAUUUAUUACUGACUGCCACAGACGGAGGAAAACCUGAGCUCACUGGUACUAUUCAAUUGCUGAUCACAGUGCUGGAUGUGAAUGACAAUACCCCAGAGUUUGAGAGGACAGUUUAUAAGGUGAAAUUAUUCGAAAAUGUACCGAAUGAGACAUUAGUGAUGAAAAUGAAUGCCUCAGAUUUGGAUGAAGGAUUAAAUGGGGAAAUUAUUUAUUCAUUCACUAGUGAUGUUUCCCCUAAUGUACAGAAUAAAUUCUACAUAGAUCAAGUCAAUGGUGAGAUCAAGAUAAAGGGAAAUAUAGAUUUCGAAGAAACAAAAUUAUUUGAAUUCCAGGUAGAGGCGACUGAUAAGGGGACUCCUCGAAUGGUUGGCCAUUGUACAAUCCUGAUCGAAAUCCUGGAUAUGAAUGAUAAUUCCCCUGAAGUUGCGGUGACAUCGCUGUCACUUCCUGUCAGAGAGGAUGCCCCUCAAGGUACAGUUGUCGCUCUCAUCAGUGUGUCUGACCGUGACUCCGGCGCUAAUGGGCAGGUGACUUGCUCGCUGUCGCCCCCGGGACCCUUCACGCUGGUGUCCACUUUCAGGAAUUACUAUUCGCUGAUUCUGGAGGGCCAGAUAGAUCGCGAAACUGUCCUUGCUUAUGACCUAGUAGUGACAGCUAGAGAUGGUGGGACGCCGGUUCUGUGGGCCACGGCCAGCGUGUCGGUGGACAUCGGUGACGUGAAUGACAACUCACCUGCUUUCGAGAAGCCUGUGUAUACUGUAUUCGUGAAGGAGAACAACCCUCCCGGCUGUCACAUCUUCACUGUGUCGGCUUCCGAUUCAGAUUCGCAGGAGAACGCGCUAGUUUCUUAUUCGCUAAUUGAACGUCGGGUAGGGGAGCGUCUACUGUCUAGCUACAUGUCUGUGCACUCAGAGAGCGGCAAACUGUACGCUUUGCAGCCCCUAGACCACGAAGAGCUGGAGCUGCUACAGUUCCAAGUGAGCGCUCGCGACUCGGGCUUUCCUCCUCUGAGCAAUAACGUGAGCCUGCAGGUGUUCAUACUGGACGAAAAUGACAAUCCACCAGUAAUUUUGCCACCUCACGCUGGCGUUAAUCCAGUGACCGAACUGGUAUCUCAGUCUGUGACUGCGGGCUAUGUGGUGGCGAAGAUUAGAGCUGUGGAUGCAGAUUCUGGCUACAACGCAUGGCUGUCUUAUGAGCUCCUGUCAGAGGUGGGCAUAGGAAGCAGCCCUUUUCGCGUGGGUCUAUACACAGGAGAGAUAAGCACGACGAGGGUCUUGGAGGAAUUUGAUGGACCUAAACACACUCUACUGGUGUUGGUAAAGGAUCAUGGGGAUCCGGUGCUGUCUGCCACAGCUACUAUGGUGGUAUCCUUGGUGGCAAGUGGACAAAUCCUGAAGACCUCUAGUUUAGACCACGCAAAAGCAAAGGAAGGAGUUAGCAAAGAGUCACAGCUGGUGGAUGUUAACGUAUAUUUGAUUAUAGCUAUCUGCUCGGUUUCCAGUUUAUUGGUGCUAAGCUUGUUGUUCUAUGUUGCAAUACGGUGCUCUGAGCCUCUGGAGAGCCUUUAUUGUCCAAGAAAGUCUACUGCAAUGUGUUUCAGCGACUUGGGGAACUUAUCUUAUUCUCAGCAACAACGGCCGAAGAUUUGCUCUGGAGAGGGACCAGCUAAGAAUGAUUUAAUGGCAUUCAGUCCAAACUUUCCUCCUUUUUUGGGAGAUAGAGGUCAGCAGCAAGAGACGGUCCCAGAACUUGGGAAGGUAAGUCUUUAUUUCCGCAUCUAGGAUAGUCUUUAUUAAAUUUAAAAAAAAGAACUUUUGAAAAAUUUCC